UGAAACACUACUUUCUGUUAAUACUUCUCCUUUUCGAACACUGUCAAAUAGAAGUACAAACAUCUCAUCUAGAAUUUAUUCAGUUGCAAGGAACAAUCCCUUCAAAAAGGUUCAUUUUACAAAAAAGUUUUUCUUACUCGCGAUGCCAAGAGAGCGCGACGAGCGUCGUUUGCCCGGUCGGGAUCUCCGAGGCCGGGCUCACCAUCGGAUCGAGGCCGAGUUACCGUGGCCCGAAAGCUUUUUCGCGGCCUUGUCCGGCAUCCAUAUUAUAGCGGCCGCAAUCGUUACGGCACUGGUGGCCAAAUUCAUCGUGCUAAAGUUUCAAGAAGCGGACCCUGGGCGAGACGCCCUGGUCGUUUCGUGGCACAAAGAUCCAACGCUGACAGUCUACAACUCAGUCGAGGACUCCUUGGACAUUCGUAGUAUCUUCAAGCAUAUUGGCGAUCAAGUGUUGAGCCGGAAGGAUACCCUCGACUACAUGCAACAGAGACUGAGUACCGAUCAAAAGAUCCGUUGGGUGGCAUUGGUCGGCCCACCCGACGUUGGGAAGACCAUGAUAACUGAUGGCUUGCGCAAGACAUUCCCCUGGCAGGACAAAGUCUUUUUGUACUCUUGGAAUGCCAGCGCGCAACCCCUGAAAUGGCGAAACGAAAUAUCGCAGCAGUUAAUACACCAGCUUUCCAACUGCGGCACGAACCUGAUCGCGAUAGAUAUGAUCACAUGGGGAGACUUUACUGUGGGCAACACCUACAAGGGGAUGUUACUGAAUCGCUACUACAAUCUGAAAAACGGGAUGAAGAUGGCUACUCAUACGGAUUUGCUGUUGUAUGUCUUUGACCUGUCCUCCGAGAAUCUCGAGCAGCAGCUAGAAAAACUAUACAGCCGAAUAUCGAACGAGACGCCUAUAGUUAAGUUCCGUUCGCUUGACAUGGAGGGACUACAGGAUUGCCUCGUAGAUCAGGCCAGCUUUACUACCGAAUGGCCGAAGGCUACGCGGAUAAUACUGGGGCAGUUCGACUGAUUCAACAACUGAUGCUACAAACCCAUCCAACCCACAAGAGGACACACAGCUUAACACUGAUCCACUCAGCAGGAGAAGCCGAUACUCAAGAAGAAAGCAUUAAAAGCCGGACGAUAUGGCCAUGUCGGUUUGUCCGUCUCGAUAGUAGCCUAGGGACUAAUCCCGUACAAAAUUCCACCAAAUACUUUAGCCUAGUUAUAACCUCUUGUAUUUAAGAGAAUUUUGAAAAAAAAGCGUAGUAGAAAAGUU